AUGGAGGGUACAAGGCGGUUAUCGUAUCCCCAAACCCAAGGCCCGACGCUGGACGCUCCCUCAAUCAAGGCCACUGUAACCUCCCCGGCUGCUGCGCGCGAAACACCAGAUGACCGCCGCUCUCCCUCUCCGCCGCCUCCCGACGACGGCAUCUUUAACAAAAGCUACUACGAGGGUCUCGCUGACCGCUGGGGAGUCACAGUAGCCGAGUUCGACUAUCGGGAAGACAAACCAGGGGUUUGGCUGCACGACUUAGACCGCGCUGGCAUCGGCCACGAUGGAUGGUCGCUUUCGCCAUGGGCGCUGGCGUACUACGAUAAAUACCCCAACGAGAUGGACGACGAACGGACGCGCGACCAAUACGAGCGUGGUACAGGAAAGCCGAGGGUGAAGCCGUUCGUGGACAUCAAGGAAGUGACGCCACUUGUGAGAGGUAACGACGGAAACUUCAAGCCGGCUACCAAGUGGCAAGAGGUACCAGAUGAGCCUACAGUCGACCUCGGCGGUCCGUCAAACUGGUAUACCAGAACACCAAAGCCGCGGAGUAAUUGGCUCGAGACGCUCAGUCGAACACCCAACACGACAGGGCCGCAACCUCCUCAGCCUCCUGCACGCCCCGAUCGCAAGGUCUACCGUCUUCCGACCCCGCAUGACCACCAGUAUGAACCUGUCGGGGAUCCCUCAAGCAGUAGCUCUGAACCGGGCACCGGACUUCCUCGGGUUGACGAGGGCUCCGCAGUGCCAACGGGUGUCGGAGACGCCUACUUCUCACUCGCCGCGGAGGGUGCAUGGCCGAUGGAUGUUGACGACGAUUUCGUUGAAGGGUUUGAGGAGCGCCUUGUAGAUGUUGACGGAGACGAUUUCGAACAUCAUCUCGGGAAUGAGCUGGAAGACGUUGAAGAUAAAGACAGGAACGAUCUCCACAUCGAACCUCAAGACGUCUUCGAGGAUGACGACGAAGACGGUGCGGAGGGCGGUGUUCAGGACAAUGCUGAAGGCGAUAUUGAAGACAAUGUCGAAGACGCUCCCCAAGCCAGCCCCAAAGACGAUCCUUUCCAUGGCCUCGACGACACCUCCAUCCUGAGCGACAUGUCAGCGCCUGACGAAGACCUCGCGCUACAAAUGUACCGCGAAGACCUUGAGAAUAUCCACUCACAUCUCAUCAAGGAGUCAAGGGACAGUCUUUGGCGUUCUUUAUCUUUCGACAUCAGAGAAGAAUACGAGACAGCGCUUCCACUUUACAACAAAGGGCUACCGAAACUGGGCAACAAAGAAGCUGAGGUGGUGAGUCUAGAGGAUGCGAUGAAGGCACGAAGGGACUAUGACGAGUAUCUCCGCGACCAUAUGCCGAAGCCUGCAGACCAAAAGAAGGAGCCUGAGCUGUCGACGGUACGUAGACAGCCAAGGCGUUCCGCCAGGAACAAGUAG